AUGAGUAAUGCAAUAUGCCAGGGAUUGCGCUCGCCCAUCAGACGUCUCGUCAGCCUGAGAAGGGCAAAGACAAUUUCAACAUCAAUAGUCCAUAAUGAGACAAUAUUAGUUAAAAAUAAUGAGGAAUUUAUUAAUAAGGUAAUGAAUAACGACAAGCCAGUAAUAGUUAAUUUUCACGCGGAGUGGUGUGAACCUUGUAAAAUACUCACGCCUAAGUUAAAAGAGUUGAUUGAACCUCUAGAUAACCUAGACCUGGCAGUCGUCGACGUUGAGGAUAAUGCUGAUUUGGUGCACACAUUUGAGGUGAAAGCAGUGCCUGCAGUAAUAGCUAUAAAAAACGGCCUAAUUGUAGACAAAUUUAUCGGCCUUGUAGACGCCGACAUGAUCACAAACCUUAUAGAGAGGAUGUCCGGUAAGAAGAAAACGUCAUAA